CCAGCACCACCAAAAAGGAUGUUCACGAUCAGAAGGAUCUUAACACCAGCGAUCCGUUCACCACUUGGCUCAGCAGGUUCUCUACGUGGAAUCAUUAGCCUCCACCAAGUACAAAAAGUCGCACGCGAAGAGACAGCCCUGAAAGCAAACACCCUACGCGACGCCAACAUCCGGGCAAAAUUCAUCAACUUUGUCGAUCCCAACGGUGAAUUCAAAGCCAAAAGACCUCUCUCUGAAAUCCUCGGCACUUAUGAUACCACCCAGUACACACUAUUCAAUCUCACACCCUUGGCGGAUGUUCCGACGUGCAAACUCAUCACGCACGCAGAAUUCGAAGCCAAGAAUACCGAAUUAAAGAAGGAGAAGAAAAAGAAGGAAUCAUUCAAGGAAGCUACAGUAACAUGGUGGGCAAAACCCGCCGACGUAAUGCGGUAUGUGAAGAAAGCCCAACAGUGGCUGCAGGACGGAAGCACAGUCGAAUUUAGGAUCACAUCCAAGAGGAGGAGCGGGGGGAGGCAACCGCAUCCGCCAGCUGAUCAAAAAAACGAGUACCUUAAGAUGGUGCGUGACGGUCUGUCAGAGGCUGGAGAAGAGUGGAGACCAUAUGCCGGAACUAUAACCGCAGUUGAUCUCGUCUGCUUCUUCAAACCCAAGUCCGGCCCUCAACUCGAAGCCUCAGCAGAAGGCGAGGCUGCUCAAUCCUCCGCUGAUGGCGAAUCAGCAACACUUGCCACCACCACUCAACAGCCCGCAGCCAAGGAGGUGGAGUCCAAAGGUUCCAAACCCGAAAAAACCGCCUACCAAUUCCGCAAAGAAAAGCGUGCAGCCGAAGAAGCUGAACGUCGUGCUGCAGAGGAGGAAAAACUGCGGAUCGAGAGGGAGCAGAUGCAGAUGCAGAGAAGGAAUAACUCGUUUGGGUGGGGUAGUGGGAUUGGGGGAAACUUGGGCGGUGGUGGAUGGAGUGGAGGUAACGGAGGAUAUGGGAGGGGUGGGACCAGGGGUGGAGGUGUGAGAGGUGGAAGUGGAGGAGGGGACAGUGGGGGUGGGAAGUGGCCUUCGUGGUGAUUGGGAUUCAUAUGGGAGUUCAGGAGUACCAAAAGUUGAUAUUCAUAUCUUGGAGACACCAAAAUUUGAACACUACAUACCACCA